AUGAAAAACAGUUCGAGUUCGCUGGAACACAUCACCAAUCUCUCUGCUUCAGACUGUUCCCUUCCACUGGCUCAUGGCUUUGGCCUAAUGGCGGCCAAUUCUGUCGGAGCUUUGGUGGGUACUUUUGGUAACUUCCUUGUUUGCAUCGCGGUUCUUUACACAAGCCCUAGACUACGCAGAUGCUCUAACUAUCUUCUUGUUAGCUUGGCGAUAGCUGAUUUGAUUGUGACCAUGGUGUGUGAGCCGUUAGUCGUGGGAAUUGUGGCCAAGAAAACGUUUUUCAACGACUGUGCAUCAAACAUGGAGCUCGCCUAUGUUGUAUCUUCCAACUUCUCGUGUUCAGCUUCUAUCAUGCACCUAGCAGCAAUCAGCGUUGAUCGUUUUCUCGCCGUUAUUUUCCCUCUCCGUCAUGGUCGCAUAAUGAAGAGCUAUGGCUUGAAGGUCAUGUUGAUAGUUGUUUGGGGUGUAGCAACAGUGUUUGCAUCUCUUCGUGUGCCUUUCUUGAAAGAAACAGCUUAUAUGGUUCUUGUGAUAUUUGCCAUAAGUUAUUUUUUGGUCAUCGGAUGCUACUUGUCGAUCACGAUUUCGGUAUGUUUAAUCGCAAAGAGAAAGAAGCAGAAGCGAAAAGGUGGAACAUCGCCGGUUGUCGCCAGUACCAAUGCAGAGCGACGGCUUGCAUUCACGCUGGCUAUUGUAAUUGGUGUAUUCACAACAUGUUGGUUUCCCAUGAUCGUUGUUUUCUUUGCCGCCGGGAAAUCUCUGGUGAAAAUGUACGGAACAGCGUACAUGUGGAUAAGAACUUUAGCUUUGUUAAACUCAGCCAUGAACUUUCUUAUCUACAGCGCGAGAAUUCGUGACUUCAGAGACGCCUAUGCUCUUAUAUGUCGCAAGAUUCUGCGCUGUGGCUGA